GUUUUAGACAUAAUUUAUAUUUCAAAACCAUUUAUCAAUCAAAAAAUAUAUAUAGAAACAUGUUUAUAAAAAAGAAAAAGAAAAAAUAAAAUAAAAUCUAAUUAUACUUUCAUUUAGACAAAUCGUCAAACAUCUUCCCCUCAAACUCAAUGAGUCGUCUUUGACAACUAUAACGAGCUUUUAAUUCUGGAGACGCAGCCACCACCACAACUCCAAUCUUUAUCCCUCACUUGACCAAUUUCUUAAUUUCUCCCGUAAUAAUAUCCUUAUCCUGAGCCCCGUAGUCCAGCCUCGUCACUGCAUUGAACAAAUCGGCGUAGAGCUUCCCCAGCCUCGGUCGCUCCGCCGACGCCUUCGCUUGAAUCAUCGUGUACAUGUCUUCUUUGAGAAGCGACAAGCCCGCCUCUUCUCCACCGCACCCUCCAUCUCCUUCACCACCACACCACCGCCUGUUAAUCACCCCCAAAACAAACAAUUUUCUCUAAAUCCUUGCAAAUCCCUAAGUUAUUCGAGGAGAUCUGCCCGUGGCUGGAGGCGAACAAGAGACAGAAAUUUAGGGGAGGCAGAGGACGGGUGGAGGAUGGAGGCGGAGGUAGAACACGCGGCGGAGGACACGGCGGAGGAUGGAGGCAGAGGAUGUGGAGGACGCGGCGGAGGCGGAGGCAGUGGAGAGGCCGAUGAAAUGAGAAAGAGAAGUGAGAGAGCGUAGAGAGAGAUAAGAGAGAGUAUUUCUGACUGGCUGGUGUGGCGGCGCUUCACGGCAGGGGGCGAAGCAGGAGAUGACGGAGGCGACGAGGCCGAGGCGGCGGUGCUUCGCCGGCGAUCUGAGCUCGAAUGCAGGGAGGGAGAGAGAGAGAGAGAGAGAGAGAAGGGGGAAGGAAGUGUACCGUAAGGGAGAAGAGAGAGAAAGAGAGUGGAGAGAGAGAAGAGAGAAUGCGUACCUGGAGAGAAAGAGAGAGUACAUAUUUUUAAAGGAGGGUAUUUCCGUCUUUUCAAUCAAAAAGUGGACAGUUUUUAUUAUUUUUAUCUUAGUGGACAAUUUUUAUCUUUACAAUAUGGAAGUGGAUAGUUUUAUAUAUUAACUCUCAAUUCUAUUUCUAAAUUAUGUAUUCUUAUAAUUAAUUUUAAUUUACAAGAAAAUUAUUUAUUUAUUACUCCCUUCAUUCAUGAAAAUCUGUCUUAUGGAAGGUCGACAUAAAAAAGUGUUAGGAUAAAUUUUUGUGGAUGGACGAAAAUGACCAAUUAGGACAAGUUUUUGUGGACAAUGGAAUAUAGUUUUAGGUGUUAUUUAUUUAUUUGAGAUUAUUUAGAUAAUUAGAAUAUACGUACGUAGCAUGUUUUUAAUAUGAAGUGUGGGCGCAGCAUGUAUCGUUUUGGUAGUUCAGUGAACGUACAUAAAAUUUACAGUAAAUAUCCAUUUAAAAAAUGAUUUGAUGCAUUGAAUUAUUGGUAUAAAUUAACAGCUCUAUUCGAUCCACAUCUUAGUUAAUUACAACAGCAGUGCCAUCAAUUUCCAGAGAAGAGAAGUCCCUUCCUUGUCUGGCCAUAUACAUAUAUAUGUAACAAUUAACAUAUAUAUAUGUAAUGCUCCAUAUAUCUAUCAUCAAUAAAAUGGGGGUUUUUGUGGUAUUGGUUUUGUUGAAGAUGAGCUACUUAGUGGCAGCGCAGCUUCAAGUGGGGUUCUACGCAAAGAGCUGCCCGAACGUGGAGGCCAUUGUGGGCGGCGUAGUCCGUGAAGCCGCCGCCUCCGACCAGACCAGCCCCGCCGUCUUGCUGAGGCUCCACUUCCACGACUGCUUUGUUGAGGGUUGCGAUGGGUCGAUUCUGAUCGAUAAUGGGGCGGAGAGCGAUGAGAAGCAUGCGUUUGGGCAUCAAGGGGUGCGAGGCUUUGAUAUCGUGGAGAGGGCUAAGGCUGAGCUGGAGGCCUUGUGCCCUCGAACUGUUUCUUGUGCGGAUAUACUUGCUUUGGCUGCAAGAGAAGCUCUACUUUUGGCGAAAGGGGCGUCGUAUGAGGUGGAAACGGGGAGGAGAGAUGGUGUGGUUUCGAAUGUAGAAUCGGCAGAUAAUAUGCCUGAUGCGACCGACUCUAUUCAGACCCUCAAAACCAAGUUUCUCCAGAAAGGUCUCACAGAAAAGGAUCUGGUCGUCCUUAGUGGUGCGCACACAAUCGGCACAACCGCAUGCUUCUUCAUGAGCAACAGACUCUACAACUUCCCGGCCGACGGCGGCUCCGAUCCGUCGAUAAACCCGUCGUUCCUGCCGGAGCUAAAGUCGAUGUGUCCGAAAAACGGCGACGUGAACGUGAGGCUGCCGAUCGACAGGGGUAGCGAGCAAGUAUUCGACAGCCAAAUCCUGCAGAAUAUUAGGAGCGGCUUUGCAGUGCUGCAGUCCGACGCCGCCCUCUAUCAAGACGACGCCACCAAGGCCGUCAUCGACUCCUAUUUCGCGCCCUUGUUCGCGCCGUCUUUCGAGUCGGAUUUCGCCGACUCGAUGGUGAGGAUGGGCAGGAUCGGCGUGCUCACCGGACUGCAGGGCACCAUCAGGCGGACUUGUGCAACUUUCGAUUGAUUUAUUAUAAAUGAGACACCACCAAUUAGGGAAUUUCGUUCAAAUAAAUCAUCAUAUUUUGUAAAUUGUAUUUAUGGAUUAAACAUUUAGUUGUAUGGAUUUUAUUUGCAUACUGCUUUC